CCACGUGGUUCAAGGAGAACCAGGAGGCAGGAGGGGGGGUAGACCCAUAGGAUAGACAGGGAUGACGGGGAAUAGGAGUUGCAGAGCCAGCCUAGGAGUAGCUACAGUUAACCUGCUGAUAUAAGUGGAAAUUGGAAUUGAUACGCAGAUUCACAAAGAUGAAUAGCGUUGGAGAGGGAUGCACUGACCUAAAGCGUGAAUAUGAUCAGUGUUUUAACCGCUGGUUUGCCGAGAAAUUUUUGAAAGGCGAUCGGAGUAGUGAUCCUUGCACCGAGAUGUUCAAGAAGUAUCAGUCGUGUGUUCAGAAAGCGAUCAAAGAAAAGGACAUCCCAAUCGAUGGCGUUGAAUUUAUGGGGCCGAACAAAGAGAAGACCGAGAGUUGACAGGAUAACCAUGAACUGCAUCCAUUCUUCUGAAUGGUCAUCAGGCAUUGGGGACUCUAACGAUGCCAACAGAGGUUCAUGUCAAGUCGGGAAGCGGGCCUUUUCCACGCCAGGCAGACACUGCGUAGCAUAUGAAAUGACUUUCUUUCGGCCGACCAGAAAUCGGUGGAAAGACAUCCUCGGAUCUUGUCAGCUAUUGUAUGCGUCCAGUUUGAGCGUGUACCUUUUACCUGAAGAUUGCUAUUGAAAAUUACUGUGAAUAUUCAGCCUGGAAAAUAAUUCCACCAGACAGCAAAGUCUGGAAAAGUCCAGAUAGUAUUUACAGAGACAAGGUUCAAAUUCACAGGAUAAACUUUUUGUUGACUGCUUCUGCGACCUCUCAAAUGUAACUACUGCUAUUUUCUUUAGUAGCUGCCAGAGCAACUGGUGCAUAAGGAAGUGCCAUGUAUGAUAUACUUAAGAAAUUGUUCAACUUAUGUUGUAUGUUUGGAUUUGUUGAGGUACACAAGACAUGGAAUUUGACAGUAAGUUUACAUUGCAUGAUUUAAGAUGAAUGAUGCACAGGGGCUCAAGCCAACUUGACAUUAACUCAUACCCAUGUCUUCUUGGUAUGAGCUGAUGAUUUUUAAAUGUGCCAGGAAUUAUUUCACAUCAGCUUUUAAAUCUUUAUCUAUUUUUUGUUUUACAUGUAAAUUGUAACUUGUGAAGGGUGAAGACUAAAAUAUAUUUUCCAUAUGUGGUUAUGAUAAUUUGCAUUUAAAUAUACCUAGGUCUAAUUUGUGUGGCACUGGCAGCUAUAGAUAAUAGUGCAUUUGCUCAACUUGGAAGAUCAUCCUAUGCACUAUGGACGUGAUGCAUUAAAGAAAUUAUUCACAGCC